AGUCGCUCUCUGCGGACAGACCCAGGAACAUGUCCCCGCUGCUGCUGCUGCUGCUCGGCCUGCUGUCCCUCAUGCUGCUCGGGCUCCGCGGCAGGAAGAGGUCAGUUCACUUCAUCUCAUCAGCAGAUAACCACUGAUCUCUGAUCAGCAGGGGCGCAGCAGGUAUUCAGACCUUUGACUCAAGUAGAAGUACCAUUACAACAAAGUCCUGCAGUCCUGAUCCUGCUCUCAGUACAAGGACUGCCAGCUUCCUGUAGUUAAAGCAGUCUGGAGCAGAGUGAAGCUUGACGAGGAGGCACAACUAGACUGACUUCACAUAAAAGAAACGUUGGUUUAGUGUUUAAACCUGAUGAAUAUGAUGUUGAUCUGCUUAAACUUCAGUUGAACUUUCUAAUAAUAAGAACUUGUGUCAGAGCGAAGCGCUUCUCAGAGACAGAAACGAAUGAUCAAACAUCCGAGCAGCGAAAGACAAACAGGAAUUAUUUGUUCUGAGACGAAGACAGGCGCUCGGCUCGUGUCUUCGGGCGUUUCAGGGAGAGUAAUGUGAGGAGUGUCGAGGUCCUCCGGGUGCAGAUCCGCAGCCUGAGAGGACCGUCUGAAGACAUGCGUAUGGUGUUUCACUGAGGGGCCCCGGGCCCCGUGUUGGGAGCCACUCAGAGGAAAACCUGCUCUCUCCUACAGGACACUGCGGGACAGUUUGAGUAUCGUCAGUUUGGGGGAUUGUCCUGAUUUCAGAUCAGCUGAACUCUGGCGCCCCGGGGGGUUUUUCCACUCUUAAUGUGCACCAGCUGCUCCCUCCGCUGAGGUUUCUGUUUGACUUCGUCCUCUGUGUUCCUCUUCGCUUCAGCAGAACACACAAGGGGCCCAAAACAAAGAGCUUAAAGCGGCUAUGGGGGGGGGGGGGGGCGUGCAGGGCAGAGCUGAACACGUUAGUCCAGUCUGCCGGACCCACUGAUCCUUUCUCUGGCUGAGGUUUGUGGCCCCGGCCCCGAGAUAUCAGUAACUGCUGAGUAUCGAUUGAUCCGUGGUGCUGACGUAGCAGUCCGUUUCACGUUAGACGUCCAUCAGGUGACACCAACACGCCUCCUGAUGAAGCGUCAUGUGACUCUGCAGCUGCUGCAGGUGUGAAGCAGGAAGCGGGUCGAUAUCGUGUUCGACACGACUACUUUAUUUAUACGUAACUGUUGUGUUGACGUCAGUUAGUGCAGAAAGAACUCUGCAUCUGUUUGAAAACCCGUUAGAUGGUUCCAGGUUCUUCCGUGUGAGGACAUCUGACUGCGUCACCUCGUGACACAGUUUUAUAGACCGAACAGCGAAUGGAUCUCAUCGACUGAUCGGUAAUGAGAACACCGCUGUGAGUCACAUGGGUCACUUAAAUGGAUCGCCGCUUCGCUCUCAGACGCGCCUUUCCUCCGCUGACAUCGCACAAGCGUUCGGACGCGAGAUUGGACGUUUUGUCACUUCACAGACGAAAGGAUUGAACCAGCUGCUGAGUGACAGUACUGGUUCCUGGGCGUGCCGGCCGCUGAGCGAGCGUGCACGAGCUGAACCCAGAUGACAGGAUCGUGUGUGUGUGUGUGUGUGUGUGUGUUGGAUAAGAAGUGGGUCAGCAGGACGUCCUCUCUCCUCAGGCAACAAACCGGCAGCUCUCAGGAGGAAGCUGAAAAUCUGAUAAUCACAUUCCUUUGCGUUUAAUGACCAGAGGCUGGAAACAGGGGGACGCUGGUGGUUUCUGCACCUUCAGACAGUGAGACGCCUUCACACGUCUGCUCUUGUUUCAGGACGAGCUGAAGCCGGCGAGGCUCGGCUGCGCUCUGCCGCCAGCUUUACUUCAUACUGCACACAUCAGCGUUUGGGCUCGUGUUUCCGUCUUCACGGUAAAAACCAUCCUGUCCGACAUCCUGUUCACAGGUCAGUCACCGUGAACAAUGAAACGCCGGAGGACAAGAAAAGCCUCCAACAUCAACACGUCCAAGAGCCAGAAAACACAAACCACUGAGUGUGUGAGCGAACGUUCGGUGGUCACUUUAUUAGGGACACCUGAACAAUCUGAUGCAAACGAAGCGCAACAGCUCCGCCAUGAAUGCUGCCGUAAAGGAACAGUUCAACAUUCAGUGAGCUGCCUGAUGAACGUGUUGGAUCUCGUUGCUCAGCUCACAGUGAUGUCAACGCUCCCGGCCGGGAAGUAGUCCAGACACAAGCCUCCGUGGAACCGCACCUUGUUUUUACACUUCGUGUGGACUCAUACAUCAGAAAUGUAGAUUUUUGGCAGAGCUGUUGUUGGCUUGCAUUCGAUUGUUCAGGUGUACCUAAUGACCUACCUGACCUCAUCCCGGCGUUUAUCGCAUUCAAGAUACAUACGAAAUGGCGAGCCUCCGCUGAUAAAAGGCUGGAUUCCUUUCAUUGGAAAGGCUCUGGAGUUUGGAAGAGAUGCCCAUAAAUUUCUCGAAGAACAUAAGAAGAAGUUUGGAGACAUUUUUACAGUACAGAUAGCAGGUAAAUACAUGACCUUCAUCAUGGACCCUUUACUAUAUCCAAACAUCAUCAAACAUGGCCGGCAGCUGGACUUCCACGAGUUCUCCAACAAGGUGGCGCCCUUCACCUUCGGCUACCCCCCCGUCGUCAGCGGGAAGUACCCCGGCCUGAAGGAGCAGAUCAGCCGCUCCUUCCAGCUCCUCCAGGGAGACAACCUCACGACCCUGACGGAGAGCAUGAUGGGUAACCUCAUGCUGGUGUUUCGUCAGGACCACCUGGGUGAGAGGCCGGGGGAGGAUGGCGGCUGGAAGAGCGGCAGCAUGUACGAGUUCUGUAACUCGGUCAUGUUCGAGGCCACCAUCCUCACCCUGUACGGCAGGCCGGCGUCCGCCAGCCGCCACAGCGGGAUGGGCGAGCUGAGGAAGGACUUCGUCAGGUUUGACACCAUGUUUCCACUGCUCAUCGCUCAGAUCCCCAUCUGGCUGCUGGGACAGACCAAGACGAUCCGCGAGAAGCUGAUCAACUACUUCCUGCCGCACAGGAUGUCGUGUUGGUCCAACACUUCACAGUUCAUCAGGAGACGAUCGGAGGUGUUUGAGCAGUACGACACAUUGAGGGACGUCGAUAAAGCAGCUCAUCACUUUGCCAUCCUCUGGGCGUCUGUGGGGAACACCGUCCCCGCCUGCUUCUGGGCCAUGUACUACCUGGUGAGUCACCCCGAGGCGCUGGAGGUCGUCCGCCAGGAGAUCCACGACGUCCUGAGACUCAGUGGAGUCGAGUUCAGCAGCGACAAAGACCUGACGCUCAGCAGAGACCAGCUGGAGAAGCUUCUUUAUCUGGAGAGCGCCGUCAACGAGAGCCUCCGUCUGUCCUCGGCCUCCAUGAACAUCCGUGUUGCUCAGGAGGACUUCAGUCUGCAGCUGGACAGCAAGCGUUCAGUGGCCAUCAGGAAAGGAGACAUCAUCGCCCUCUACCCUCAGAGUAUGCACAUGGACCCCCAGAUCUAUGAGGAGCCCCAGACGUUCCGGCUCAACCGCUACAUCCAGGACGGCAGAGAGAAGACAGACUUCUACAAGGACGGUCAGAAGCUGAAGUAUUACCGCAUGCCGUUCGGCUCCGGCUCCACUAUGUGUCCCGGACGAUACUUCGCCGUCAACGAGAUCAAACAGUUCCUGUGUCUCCUGCUGCUCUACUUCGACCUGCAGCUGGAGGAAAGUCAGACCAGAGCCACUCUGGACUCCAGCAGAGCCGGACUGGGCAUCCUGCUGCCCACCACAGACAUACGUUUCCGGUACAGACUGCACACAGUCGAACCAGGACAGUGAUGAAACUGUGUGUGUUAUUGGCUUGCCGCAUCCAUGUCCAAUCAGGCAACUGCAUAAGGCGGACAUAAUGUAUAUUUUUAAAAUACCGUAAGCAGAGCCCCAAUUAAAAGCCAAGCCCCUUUUACUGGCCCGGUGUGGUCUCAAUCAGACACCAGGUCUGGUUUUUAUGGAAGUUCUUUGGAUGUAUAAAACCUCUUAAAGCCCACCGAGUCGCCCUCUCGAGCUACUUCUAAGCCGCUACAAGUAUAAAUGUUUAAACUUUUGUCAAUAUGGACGUGCUACACAUCGUUAGAUCGGUUGGAUUCUCCACAAUUCAGUUCAGUUCAUUUUAGGGAAACUAUGAGCACCAAAGUAUAAUUCAUUCAGAUCUUACCGGUCUGCGUGGUAAACAAGAGAGACAAAGCAAAGUGGUGACUCGCUACCUUUGGAGCGGUCAUAAAGUCCAAAUACGUGUCCAUUCCUCGAUUAUUUAUAUUCCUUUAGUCCGUAAGGGUCCACCGAUCAAAAGAAUCAAAACAGGUUUUCAUAAAAAUAUAUCCAAGUUGAGUAACCUUGCUUUAUUUCCACUCAGUAUCAGCACAUCCUGUUAGCGUGCCCUGCACUUUAGUGGUCUGAACGCCUAAUACUCCACAACCCAAAAAAUGUGAAAGUUUGAUAUAUUUAGAGGUUUGGACCAGGGAAUACCGAGGCAACACAACGCUCAGGCUUCCCGGGACUACUCUGUAAGAAUUUGUCAAAAAACUGACAAAGUAAAAGUGAUUUUUGGGGGGAUGUUUUGGGCAUUUUUUUGCCUUUGAUUGACAGUAUAUCGUCAAGAGGCAGGCAGGAAAAAUAGCCAAAGACGCAUCAAAGGUCCCCGGCCGGAUUCAAACCGGGAAUGUCAAGGAAGUCUAGUCUGUUGUGGAUAAAUGUCUUAGGAGGACAAGAUCAGUGUUGUAGUUUCCAGGAUUCCUCUUUUAUUUGUCACGUCAUGCCUCCAGCAUUACAAAUAAAAGCAAGAAUAAAGUGCUGCUUGGCACAAAGUCACGUAAUUUGUGGGAGAAAGUUGUAGCCUGUGUCCAAAACACUCCCUAUUUACUACAUAAUGCACCUUAUUUACUGUGUCGUCCAUUUCUUACUGUAUCGAGCCGUUUAUACUGAACAAUCAUCUCUCUCUUAUAGGAAUAGCAGAUUAUACUGAGGUGUAAAUACUACACGAAACUAAGCACUGAUAUCAACCUAUAAAGACAGCAUCACUGAACAUUCCAGUAAUUUUAAAGGUACACAGUGUUUUAAUGUUACUUUUUUAAUAAUUUGUUUAUUUUGUGUUUUUGUAUUUUGUGUUUUGUGUUACUCUACAGCUGUUGAUACUAACGUUAAAGCAACAGUCCAACAUUUCAGUGAAUCUCCAGUCUUCUCCAGAGUCAGAUGUUUCAGAUGGAUAUCAGAAAGGUUCAGGACGAGUUUAGCCUAGCUUAGCACAAAGGCUGGAAGCAGGGGGAAACUGCUAGCAUAUAGUUCCAUCAAAAGAGAAAACAUCCACCUUCCAACAACUCUAAAGCAUUUGUUAGCAUUUUGUAAUGCUAACCAGCAGUAUAAAAACUUCACGCUGCUAGCUUUCUAUGAGAAAGACUCAGCAAGCUGUUAGCAGAGUUCAGACGCAGAUAGCUCUAUAGUUAGCAUUAACCAGCCAACUAAAGAUUAGCAUUAUGCCAUAACGGGUUAGCUUGAGUGCUAACUGCCUCCUCUGCCACAAAGUAUAGCACUUAGCAGAUAGCUGGUUGAAUGCUAAAUUAAAUGGCAGCUUUUAUGGCAUUUAACAGAUACAGUAUCAUGAUUCAAAAUGUUAGCAUUAGCAAAAGCUAGCCUAAAAUAAUCCACCUUCCAGCCGUUCCGAGUGUCUGACUUACAUGCUGUUUGUUGAACAGGUGUAGAAAUAGGAAUGUAAAAAGGAGACAUUGUGGUUUUAGCAGCGUUAGCUUGGGAGCUAUUUGACUGCUCACAGUGGUGCUGGUUUGAUCUCUGCUGACUAAGCUGGUUAGCUAACAAGAUAUAACUAAAUACAAUUAAAUCCAAUAAUAAUAUAAUAAUAACAGCAGUGGGGCGCCUGCUCCAAGGUGGCUAACAAGAGGAUUUCCUAAAAUGUGGGAUUGUUCCUUUAUGCCACGAACAGUGUGACUGUGUAACUUCAACUGUUUAAAUAUUCAGCGAAUCAGCUGAUGGCAGCUGUAAAAAAUCCUUUCACUCCUCCAGCGUAAUGGACUCGCCGAUUCUCUCCCGCAGCGCUAAUCUCAGGAGGCAUGUUAGCUGCUCGCAAGACACAGAUUUCACUACACAAAGCUUUUCUUAAAUCUCAGUGUUGUAUUCCAGCGAUCAGUUGCUGCGAAAGUUGCCUGACUGAGGGACAUUUUAAUAUCGUUAAUGAAACAGUUGUUCAGAACAGAAACGUUCUUUGACUUGGCAUGUACUACGAUUUGAGAGCAGCGCUUCAGCAGCCGGUGCACAUGUUGAUGUUUGAGAAUAUGUUGUAGUUUUUAAAAGAUGACACACUGUGAACCACUUCCCUGUCGGCCUCGUGAAUAAUAAACACCUUUGGACCCUGA